AUGGCCCAUACGUUAUUAAGAACACCUACCAGAACAAAGACAAAAUCAUUCAACGGAACUCAAAUGGAUUUUAAAUUCCCUUCAAUUGAAAGUUUACCAAAUACAAACCUGCAAGAGCCAGAAUUAAAUAAUCAUCAUUUAUUAAAUGAUAAUAUCAAUGAUGGUGCUACAAAAUUUUCUGAAAAAGAAAUGGGGCUGUCUCAAAGUUUAAACAAAGAAACCAACGAUUCAGAAAAUGACACUUUCGACACACAAUCUCAAAUAUUAUCAGACUACACUUCACAAUCGAAUGCUCAUUCUUCGAAUGGUUAUUACUCAUUUGCCAACAUUUCAGAUAAUACUACAUCUAUGCAAUCUCAGUUCUAUAAAAAUAAUAAAAACAUUGGUUCAAAUGUAGUAAGUGAUUAUUACAUACACAAUGAAAAUGAAAAUGUUUCUAACAUAGGCAAUAAUACUCAAUUUCGUCAUACAUUAGCACCAGAACGAAUAACCUCGAACGAAAACCUAUUUUUUGAAGCAUCUCCAAGAUUGCAACAGAGGGAUAACGAUGGUAACAAUCACGAUUCUAAUGAUGUAACUAAACAGACUGAGAGAACUGGUUUAUCUGAAACCUCCUUUAUUCCAAAGGGAGAAUCUCUAGCAUAUAGGAUUGAGUCCUCAGAAUCUUUUGGAAGGGAUUCAAGAAACUCAGUAGCAUUUAGACCUCACGUUGAAGGUAAACUGGGAAGGAAACCAACAAUCAAGAGAGUGAGUUCUUCUUCAUCCUCCUCUUCGUCCAGGUAUGCAUCUUCCAUCUAUAAAUCACCAGUAAACUCAAGUGGUAAACGGGUUUCUCAACUAAAGAGAUCUAAUGCCGUGAGAUGUAAGGGAGGCUUACUUCAAUUCUUCACAAUGCUAGCUAUUAAAUUUGGAAAAUGUCUGGAGAAAUUAGGACUUGUAUUAAGAAAAAAACUAUUCAGUUUUAAAGAAAAAAAUAACUAUAAAACUAACAAAAGUAAAAGAAUCAGUAGGAGUAACACUUUUAACUCUAAUUUAAAUGUGUAUGGAAAGAAAUUGAAGCACAGGAAUGAUAUGAAAAAAUCUGAUUCUAACAGCACCAUCCAAUUAACUUCACAUAUUCAAAGAACAAAAGGAAAUCAAUAUCCAACUUCAAAUAAAAGUAAAUCACAUAAAUCUUUAGAACCUGUGCUAGCAAAAAACUCAAAAUUUGAAAAAAUGUCCAUUAAUCCUACAAAGGUCAACGAAUCACAACCAAUUUCUUCUGAAACAAAUGAAUCUGAUAUUGUUACUAAGACUGCUUCGUUGAGACGAACGCCAUCAUCAAUUAGAAGAGCAGCAUCUGUAUUUACUACUUCAUCGGUGUCUUCAAAACUUCUGAAUAAUACCUUUCUUACUAAAACAUUAUCAAAGAACAGUGACUUAUCAAAGAACAAUGUUUCUCCUCUGGAUGGUAUUAAUUCGGAAGCAAAAAGAACAAAUUCAAGAUUGACAAGAUCAUCUGGCGUAUCUUCAUUGAACUCGUUAAUGAGAGAACCAUCAAUUGUUGUCAAAAACAAAGUUAUCCCAUUAACUAUGAAGCACUAUUAUCCAAUCAAAGAAGAGACAGAAGACGAAGAUACUGGAAAAAGUGAAAAUGAGUUUGGCAAAAGUGAAACUGAUGAAUAUAUUAUCGACACAUCCAAUGGUAUGCACUCAGUAAACUCAGAAAAAAUUUCGAACAAACUGAAGGUUUUGGAGAAUGAGACGGACUCAUAUUUGGAGGAUUCCGAUUCAUAUUUAGAUGAUGACACCGAAUUUGUCAGUUUAAAUGACAACUCUAGUAUUGAAACAGAAUUGGCAGAAGAAGAUAUGGAUGGCAAAAGAAAUAAAAACAGUGACGAACUCAAAAAUACUUUUUCUGAUUAUUUCUCCCAAGUAAUCUAUCAAAGAAUCAAACUAAGAUUAGAGGUCAAAAACUUACAAGAGUCUACCUUACAGAAGGAAGAGAAAGAAAGGUCAAGUUUACCAACAAUCCAAGAGAAUUCAGUUUCGGGUUUAUUAACACAUUCCCAAUCGCUCAACAAAAUCAAAAGUGAAUCAUCCACACAUGGAGUUAAUUUUUCAAGAUAUAACAAUAAGGAUAUUGAUUCAAUGAUUGAUGAAUUCAACAAAGAACACACGUCUAAUUUGAACGAUAAUUCCCACAGAAACAACACUAUUCACAUAUCUGUUGAGCCACCAUUUAAGAAUACUGCUCAUAGCUCAAGUGUAAUUUCAUUCCAAUCUAAGGACGUCCAUAGAUCAUUAACCUUACCAAUCAGAAUGACAGUUUAA